CCUGACGUGUCUGUAACUUGACAGUGGUCCUCUGGAGCAGCAGCAGCGGGACUGACAGGAUGAGAGGAGUCAGUGCUGGAUCUAUCUGAUCCGUUCCCCCGGUGUAGCUUACCCUCGGUGUUGCACAGUCUACCGCCCGGCCUGGCACGGCCUGGCACGGCACGGCCCGUCCCGUUGCUGUUCGACGCUCCGCCCGCCGCCGGAUCCCAUCGAGCCUGUUUGUGUCCGUGCUGGAGGAUGCGACGGGCCCGCGGUGCUCUGCGCACUGUGCAAAACAGCGAUCAGCUGGAGCAUCGACAACCAGAAUCGAUCGGACUAAUCGGAUCAUACAUACGCUAGGAUCAUUAAUAAUAUUAUUAUUAUAUUAUUAUAUAAGUCAAAGGGAAUAAGAGGCGUCGUGCGGGCAGCGUCGGUGUCAGACAACCCUCCAUCCUCUCUCUGCCAGCCCUGUGUCUCGGUCAGAUGGCUGUGUCCCCGGUGCUUACUCUGUCCCUGCUUCUCCUGUCCCUCCAUACUCCCAGCACAGCGUCUCCGUCCUGCCCUGUGAGCUGUCGCUGCUACAGCCUCACUGUGGAGUGUGGUUCCACCGGCCUUAGGGACGUCCCUAAACACGUCCCUCUGUCCACACAGGUACGUCCAUUACACGUUUCGAUUCACACAGGUACGUCCAUUACACGUCCACACUUGUACAUCCAUCACACGUCCCUCUGUUCACACAGGUACGUCCAUUACACGUUUCUAUUCACACAGGUACGUCCAUUACUCGUCCCUCCGUCCACACAGGUACGCCCAUUACACGUCCCUCCGUCCACACAGGUACGCCCAUUACACGUCCCUCCGUCCACACAGGUACGACCAUUACACGUCCCUCCGUCCACACAGACCGUCUUCCUCCAGGACAAUGUGAUCGGUCAGAUCCGUCGACAUGACUUCACUCUGCUGAGGCACCUACACUACCUGUACCUGCAGAACAACAGCAUCUCAGCAGUGGAGCCGGGCUCCUUCCAGAACCAGGGCCAGCUGUUGGAGCUGGCUCUGAAUGGGAACCGGGUCCACCUGGUGACGGCUGACAUGUUCCAGGGACUCGAACAUCUCCGCAUUCUUUACUUGGCAGGAAAUGACAUCACACGUCUGCUGGACUACACUUUCCGUGGCUUACAGCGCCUGCAGGAGCUCCAUUUGCAGCACAACAGCAUAGAGAUGUUAGCAGACCAGGCUCUUGUUGGUUUGACUUCUCUGGCUCUGCUGGACCUGAGCAGGAAUAAUCUUCACACCAUUGGACCUGCGUCCCUGCGCCCUCUGGUCAGCCUGCAGGUGCUGCGCAUCACAGACAACCCGUGGCGCUGUGACUGUGCUCUGCACUGGCUGCGGAGCUGGAUCGAUGAGGAGGGCCAGCGGCUGCUCAGCUCUGCAGAGCGUCGCCUGGUCUGCACCGAGCCACCGCGCCUCUCCCACCUCAGCCUGGUGGAGGUCCCGCUCAACAGCCUGGUGUGUAUCCCUCCACUGGUGCAGCUGGAGCCCAGGAGGCUCGCUGUGCGCCUGGGAGAGAGCCUCAGGGUGUCGUGCCAUGCCUCGGGCUACCCUCGACCACAGGUGACGUGGAGAAAAGCGUCCCAGGGGAAGGUGGUGCUCUCUCCCAGAGGCCUGGUGCAGGAGCUGGGUGCUGGAGGAGGAGCAGUGGGGGGGGCAGCGGAGCCCUCAGAGGAAGGCCGGGUCAGUCUGCAGAAGGUUGCCGGCGAGCGCUUCGACCCCGACACCGGCAGCGGCAUGCUGUUUCUCAGCAACGUGACUGUCGCUCACGCAGGUUUCUACGAGUGUGAAGCCUGGAACGCGGGCGGUGUGGCCAGAGUGACCUUUCAGCUCGCCAUCAACUCCUCCACCUCCUCUUCCUCCUCCUCCUCCAUCUGGGCCUCGUGGUCCCAGGUGUCGUCUCCAUACUCGCCAGCCUGGCCCCGGCUGAGGAGCCACGGCCCCGCUGUGGGCUCCGAUGUGAGCCGCGAGCCGCUCUACGCUCUGGGCAGCAUGGCCUUCAGCGCUCUGGGAGCGGCCACGCAGACGGCCAUCGCUGUGGGCAUCUCGCUGCUCGCCCUGACCGCCCUGCUGCUGCUCGCCAUGAUCUACAGCCGCCAGCAGCAGCCAGACAAGGACGCUGACGGAGCCGAGAAGGUGAUGAAGGUGAACUGUAACCUGCAGGAGGAGAGCAUCCUGUACGUGAAUGACUACUCGGACGGCCCCACCACCUUCGCCCAGCUGGAGGAGUACCGGGACGAGCGCGGCCAUGAGAUGUACGUCCUCAACAGGGCCAAGCCCGUGCUGCCACCUGCCCCCCCCACAGCUGUCUCCACCACUAACUUGGGCUGCUCGGCUCCAUCUGACACCUCCAGCCACACCCUGUCCUCGGGGCUAGGCCAGACCACCAGCCCCACUCUGGCCCCCAAUAAAAAGCUGCAGCAGGAGGGCGACAUACGGACCAUGAGGAGAAUGGCGGGGGAGGGAGGGGAAGCGGAGCCCGUGAUUACUUCCGAGGCAGAAGGGAUGUUUCUUAAUCACACAGGUCUGUUCAUGGACUCUCAGAUCGCCUACGAGAUCCACUGCUGAAGCGGAGAGAAUCCACUGCAACGCAGAGGCUUUGUGUGUAAAUCUUUUUUAAUACUCCUCCACAGUGACAGACUCGUAUUGGAGAAGGGUUACAUAAAUGCCCUACAGUCAAAGACCCGUUCAACUGGGCUCAGGUAGAAGCUGAGCCGCACACAACAGAAUCGUCCUGUACAUGAACUUCUGGCUCAGCAUUUAUCACACCAGAAAGCUUUCAGCAUCAUUGCAACACAUGUCCCCUCGAGAACUCUGAAAAGUUUGCAGGGUGAGUCUAACAAAAGGGGGACAUCAUGGAAUCUUCCAUUUCAUGAGCAUGUAGGAACCGAAGUGUGUUUUACAACUGUAGUUGUUAAUGUCUGGACAGGCUGUUGAGCAUCUGAAGGCAGUACAGUGGAGGUGGGACAGCAACUGCUGAAUUUUGUAAUUAUUUAUUCAAAUGUUUGGGGAAUGGGUUAAAUCACCACCAUGAUGGAACUUUUUUUUUUUUUUUAUCUAAGUGUUAAUCUCAAAAUCAUGAAACUGUUAACACAUCGGGACUGUUGCAGUGGCAGAAAGGAUUCAGCACAGUCAACAGCACAGAAUAUAGUCCAACACCUGAAAAAGACAAGAAACUGUAGAAAGAAAUAGAAUGUAAAUAUUAAAAGUGAGGCCAACAUAAAUUGUUGGCAUGACUACAUAUUGCAGUGGCUCUGUGAGCUCAACAUUUUGCAAAUUAAAGCUGGAGUGCAGAACGUCUGUGUCCUUCCUCUGGCAGUGAGAGUACCUGCCUGUUAGGGUAUUGGGUAGUACAGGUAAACUGUACCAGUACCGUGUAACCAAUCAGAGAGCCCGAAUCAGCAGGUGAAGAACGAUGGAGUACCUGCUUUGAUCCGCGGGAUCAGACUUUGCUCCUCAUGUGUAGGCAGCCAAGCGCUCCGCAAAUAACCAUGACAAUGCUUCUGUGCACCACUUCCCAUACAACUGGUUUCUUUACAGCCUAGUAAAGACUAAAGGUAAUGUUACCUGAUACAUCCAGUCAGUACAGAUACACUGCGUUGG